UUGCCUGCCGCUGGCCCUGUUAUAUUUCGCCCUUCUGCUGCUGCUACUGGAGGCUGAGCGGGGCGGAGACUGGGCUUCCUCGCUGCAAGGUCCCUCCAGCACGAAUCCAGCCAGGCGGCUCAGAAGCACUUUGGAAAGGAGAUGGCCGGCAUCGGGGACUUGCCGGAACGCAUCCUGCAAGAGGUGCUGUGCCUGUUGCCCAUGGAGGAGUUGAUCCGCAACUGCCGCGUGGUUUGCACGCGGUGGCGAGACCUGGUGGACUCACCAGCCCUGUGGCAGCAGAAAUACCAACAGAAAGGCAACCACCUUGAGACACAAAAGGUUUGCCUGGAUCUCCAGAAGGGCUACUUUAUCUUCUCCCACCUGGAGAAGAACUUACUCAAAAACCCUUGUGGCGAAGAGGGCUUGGCUUUCUGGGACAUCAAGAUACCUGUACAGGGCCAGUGGAAAAUUGAGGAAUUGUCCGAAGCAGAUACCACAAAGCUCCAAAAAUGGAACUAUCUGCAGAGGAACCGUUGUCUGAAAAAGGAAGAUAUACCCUACCAGCAGGUUAACAAAUGCUUCUCUGCGCAUAACGGGCUCUGCAUCAAGUCUCAGCUGAUCACCUUGAAGGAUCACGGCUACUGGGAUCAGCUGAUUGACGAGGCCGAACCCCAUAUUGUGGUGAACGACUGGUUUUAUCACGGCUUCGGCUGCCGCUACCAGCUGUGGGUGAAGUUGUUGUCGGCUGACUUCAAAGUCCUCCAAGAAUAUGGCACCAGAAAUGCAUACGAACGCGAUAUUAAAACUGAACAAUGGCGCGAGGUUUCACUCAUGAUUGACAGCACUCAGGGACUCCGCCACAUCCUCUUCCAACACCAAGGCCAAAAUAUCAACCCCUCUGGGGACGGCACAAGGAUAACCAAAAGCAGUCUCACGCUUGGCCCGUAUUCUUUUGAUUAAACCUGCACUGUUUCCCUGCAGGGCCUGGUGGGACCUCAAGUGCUUUUCUCCCCCUCUCUCUCUUGCUGCAGUAGCUGCUCACUCCCAGCAGGGGUUCUCUAGCUUUGCCUUGUGGUGUGCUUUGGCGGUGGUCCGGCUGUUGAGAUCUGGGCUAGCGGAGAAACCUUCGGGAGUGAGAGGUCAAGAGCCCUGCCGCUCAUCAGCUGUAAAGCAGAGGGAGAGGAGAAGGCGGGAGCAGUCGGCCAAUUAGCUGUGCUGGGGGAGGAGCCCACGAGGCAAGCGGCAACGUGAUUGGCUAGCUGCAGGGAUGUACCGCACAGCUGCUGGAGUGAGCGAGAUUGAUCAUGGAAACUGGCUAACGUUACCAUAUUAUGCCAGUACUUUUCCCUCUGCCAUGGCUGCCAGUCCAUUUUCAUGCCCAAUUCGAAGUCCUGGUAUUAACAGUGAAAGUCCUAAACACCUUGGGGGCAGGUUAUCUGGAGGAUCACCUCCUCCCAUAUGUACCUGCCCAGAUCCUAAGAUCAUCUUCGGUGGACCUUUUCUGGGAGCCCCUGCCAAAGGAUAUGAGGCAGGUGGCUACCAGGAGGAGGGCCUUCUCUGCUGUGGCACCCCGGCUGUGGAAUGAGCACCCUAGAGAGGCUUGCCUGGCACUUGCAUUGUGCUCUUUCCUGCGCCAAGCGGAAACAGUUUUAUUUCCCCUGGGCUUCUUGUCUUUUAGCUGUGUUGUUUUCAAUCUGUUAUUGCAUUUUAAAUCUCUGCAUUGCUGCUAAGUUUCAUUGUGGUUUGUCUUUUUAUAUUGUAGUUUUCAGCUUUGACAUUUUAUGUUGUAUUUUAAUACGCACGUUGCAGUUUUAAUGGCUGCGGACCACCCCAAGGGCUUUGGCUAUUGGGCAGUAGAGAAAUGUAACAAAUAAAUAAAUGAAUAAAUAAAUGAAGAAAAAA